AUGUUCUUUACCUUUGGGUAUUGUUCUCCUGAGUGUGUCAAGGCCAUACAUGGAGUGGGCAACAUGUACACAGCAAGCACCAUCUUGAUCAAGUUCCUCAUGGACAUCAGCCUGCUUGGGGAGCAGACCAAAAGCACCAAGCUGGCCAACUCUUUGGGGGAGCUGAUGGCCAAGAAUGGCAGACACCAAUGA